UCCCAACAAUGGCGGCUCCGAGCCCGAGCGGCGGCGGCGGCUCUGGGGGCGGCAGCGGCAGCGGGACCCCGGGCCCGAUAGGGUCCCCGGCGCCGGGUCACCCGGCCGUCAGCAGCAUGCAGGGGUUGGAUCCAGGGCCUGCGGCAUGCUGAGCAGGUGCCCUCCCUUCCUUCCUGCGCGGGGGAUUGAACCCAAGGCUUGUGCACGCUAUGCAAGCACUUUACACCUGAGCUACAUCUCCAGCCCAGGAAUUUUUCAUGGUCUGUUCCAGGACCAGAAAUACGAGGGAAGUAAAUGAACUGGAACUUAUCUCUUUUACUUCAGGCUUUCAGAUAAACUUCUGUGAAAAGACACAAAGUAAACGCAAAGCACUGAAGUUGAAUUUUGCAAACCCACCUGUCAAAUCUACAGCAAGGUUUACUCUGAAUCCCAAUACUACAGGAGUCCAAAACCCACACAUAGAAAGACUGAGAACACACAGCAUUGAGUCAUCAGGAAAACUGAAGAUCUCCCCUGAACAACACUGGGAUUUCACUGCAGAGGACUUGAAAGACCUUGGAGAAAUUGGACGAGGAGCUUAUGGUUCUGUCAACAAAAUGGUCCACAAACCAAGUGGGCAAAUAAUGGCAGUUAAAAGAAUACGGUCAACAGUGGAUGAAAAAGAACAAAAACAACUUCUUAUGGAUUUGGAUGUAGUAAUGCGGAGUAGUGAUUGCCCGUACAUUGUUCAGUUUUAUGGUGCACUCUUCAGAGAGGGUGACUGUUGGAUCUGUAUGGAACUCAUGUCUACCUCGUUUGAUAAGUUUUACAAAUAUGUAUAUAGUGUAUUAGAUGAUGUUAUUCCAGAAGAAAUUUUAGGCAAAAUCACUUUAGCAACUGUGAAAGCACUAAACCACUUAAAAGAAAACUUGAAAAUUAUUCACAGAGAUAUCAAACCUUCAAAUAUUCUUCUGGACAGAAGUGGAAACAUUAAACUCUGUGACUUUGGUAUCAGUGGACAGCUUGUGGACUCCAUUGCCAAGACAAGAGAUGCUGGGUGUAGACCAUAUAUGGCGCCUGAAAGAAUAGACCCUAGUGCAUCUCGACAAGGAUAUGAUGUCCGCUCUGAUGUCUGGAGUUUGGGGAUCACAUUGUAUGAGUUAGCCACAGGCCGAUUUCCGUAUCCAAAAUGGAAUAGUGUAUUUGAUCAACUAACACAAGUGGUGAAAGGAGAUCCUCCACAGCUGAGUAAUUCUGAGGAAAGAGAAUUCUCCCCAAGUUUCAUCAACUUUGUCAACUUGUGCCUUACGAAGGAUGAAUCCAAAAGGCCAAAGUAUAAAGAACUUUUGAAACAUCCCUUUAUUUUGAUGUAUGAAGAACGUACUGUUGAGGUCGCAUGCUACGUUUGUAAAAUCCUGGAUCAGAUGCCAGCUACUCCCAGCUCUCCCAUGUAUGUUGAUUGAUACCGCUGCUACAUCAGACUCUAGGAAAAAAGGGCUGAGAGGAAGCAAGACGUAAAGAAUUUUCAUCCGUAUCACAGUGUUUUUAUGCUCGCCCAGACACCAUGUGCAAUAAGAUUGGUGUUUGUUUCCAUCAUGUCUGUAUACUCCUGUCACCUAGAACGUGCAUCCUUGUAAUACCUGAUUGAUCUCACAGUGUUAGUGCUGGUCAGAGACCACAUCCUGCUCUUUCGUGAUGAACAUACUCAUGACAUGUGGAAGUCAGUACGAUCAAGUUGUUGACUGUGAUUAGACCACAUUUUAAAUUCAUUUCUAGACUCGAAACCUGGAGACGCAGCUACUGGAAUGGUGUUUUGUCAGACUUCCAGUUCCUGGAAGACGCAGUGACGGAUGUGCUAUGUCUGAACAUAGAGACGCGGGCUUGAGUGAGAAGAGCUUACACAGCCAGCGAGACUUAUUGCCUUCUGGAGCUGGGAGACAAAGGAGGAAUUUACUUUCUUCACCAAGUGCAAUAGAUUUACUGAUUUGAUAUUCUGUUGCUUUACAGUCACAGUCGAUGUUUGGGGAUUGAAGUGCUCAGCCAGAUUUCCUGUUGAAAUACCGUGUUAAAUUAGAAUGAAUUUAUCUUUACCAAAAACCAUGUGGAGUUCAAAGAGGUGAACAUUAAAAUAUCGAGACAGGACAGAAUGUGUUCUUUUCUCCUUUACCAGUCCUACUCUUUGGAAGACUCAGGAGUCUGCCACUUGUCAGAGAAGGUGCUGAUCCUCAGAAUUUUUCGUUCUCAGAAUUUGGUGUGCUGCCAACUUGACGUCUCACCUGCCACAAACCACCAGGACUGAAAGAAGAGAAAAGUACAGGAGGCCAAGUUUACAGAUGUUUUUAAUUCUAGUAUCUUAUCCAGAACAACUUGCAGCAGCUGUGUGUUUCCCCUCGCUCCACGCCUGGUACUUUAGCCACCCUAACUCACUCACAGGGAGAGGCAGCUGGUAGUCAUGUGCCUUGAUUGAGUAAAGGUUUCUUACAGGCAGCAGAAGACCAGAUCUCAGUUGUUUGCUUCUUGCCAUCACUGUCCAGGCCUUCAGCUUCUGAGUCUUUUUUUCCCUUUCCUGUGAUCUGUUACCACUUUAUGACUUUUACUUACUCCAAUAUUUUGCCAUUUUUUUCUAUAUAAAAAACAUUUAUAAUCACCAGGGAUGUUCCUUUCCAAGGAGGUUUAGUGCCAGACCUUUCCUGUGUUUGUUUCAAAGGCUGAGAAAGGUGGACCCAGCCGAAGUGGUAGGUGAUGAAGAGGCAUUGUUUCUGAAGACACUAUUAAUUGAAAAGGAUCAGAGACGGCAGUCUUUUAGAUACUUCCAUCCCUGCUACAAUCUAGCAGCUCACUAUCAUUUCUUGAAAUUGGAAUUCUACUAGAAAGCAGACGACUAACACAAAAGCAAAACAACCCCCAAACAGUUACAAGAGACCAUUUAAAUCUGCUCUUUUUUGCUGUUUGCCUUUGCUUACAGUUAGCCAACCUAUCAUUAAAUUGUGCUCCAGCCUCUGUGGCACUAAACGUUGGGCUUUGUAGAACAGUUAGCACCGUGAGUGGUUCAAGCACACUGGAAUAUAAAACAGCCGUGGUCUGAGAUGAAGGUGAUGCCAUUACAGAACCACAAUGUAGCAGGUAUUGAUUGCUGUGUCUUUGCCCAGAGUGACAGUCAUAAAUGCUAUACAACAAUAAAGGGGGAAUGGUGCUGUUCAAAGUUAUAUCCCUGUAAAUUUCAGAAGUAAAAAAUGAUUUCUUUGGUCCACUUGCCUAAUUUCCCUGUUUUCUCUUCCACAUCGUAUACCUUAGAUACCCCAGUGUUGUGAAAGAAGACAUUGCCGUGUGUCUUUUUUCAACCAUACCAAGCCAUCAUCCUCCAUUGCUCCCAGGGACUCAAGAGGAAUUUGUUUCUCUGCUGUUAACUUCCCGUCUGGCUAAGGAUAGGGUCACUUUGUCAUUAUGCAAAUGGAGAUAUAAGCAAUUCUGACUGUCCAGGAGCUAAUCUGACCGUUCUAUUUGUGGAUGACCACAUAAAAAGGCAAUUUUAGUGUAUUAAUCAUAGAUUAUUAUAAACUAUAAACUUAAGGGCAAGGAGUUUAUUACAAUGUAUCUUUAUGAAAACAAAAGGGUGUAUAGUGUUCACAUACUGUGAAAAUAGUGUAAGAACUGUACAUUGUGAGCUCUGGUUAUUUUUCUCUUGUACCAUAUAAAAAUGUAUAAAAAUUAUCAAAAAGCUAAUGUGCAGGGAUAUUGCCUUAUUUGUCUGUAAAAAGGAGCUCAGUAACAUAACUGCUUCAUGGAGCUUUGGAAUAUUUUAUCCUGUAUUCUUGUUUGAAUUCCUCCUCUAUUUAAGAUAUAUACUUGGAAUCGAAGUGUUUAUGUAAUAGUUCUAUCCUUCUGCCUGCAGGUCAGUUGUAAUAAAUCUAGAUGUGAUGA